AGCGAAUGCAGGAGACCGUGUGACUUAACUGAGUGGUGAAAGUUGGGGCUGGGAUUCCCCAGUGUUUCCCCCUCCCCGCCCCCCUAUUCCACACACCAUCUGCUUACUGCCACCCCCCCUGUCGUCUGCAGUCAUCACAAAACAAGUCGUUAUCUCCAAAGACACGUCUCUGCAUCUUUGAUUGGUGGUUGAUAACAGACCUACAGACUCAUGGGGCUGGCUGACCUUGCUGUAUAUAUAUCAUGCCAUUUCAGCAGAGACUGGCAACAAGAAAGCUGGUUUAAAGCUCUCCCUGUUUAUCCUUGUGUCCUCUCCUGGUUUGGCUUUCUGAUCCUGACAUUAUGGCUGUUUUCUUCACUGUGGCUCUUAUGACUAUGGCUUGUCCUUUACUAGCAUUUGACAUGGGUCAGUCUACUCGUUGUGUUGCCAUUCCCCACAAGAUGCAUGUCUGCAAAGAUGUUGGAUACUCAGAGAUGCGUUUGCCAAACUUUUUGGGCCACAGUAGCCUGGAAAGCGAGGUGGUGCCACAUUCAGAGGAUUGGAGGCCGCUGUUGCAGACAGGCUGCCACCCUCAAGCACAAGCCUUCCUCUGCUCCCUCAUUGCCCCUGUUUGUCUUGACACUUUCAUCCAGCCCUGCCGUAGUCUGUGUGUGGCAGUGAGGGAAAGCUGUGCCCCAGUGCUUGCCUGCCAAGGACACUCAUGGCCUGAUGUUCUUGACUGUGACCGUUUCCCUGCUGAGGAAGACAUGUGUCUUUCUCACCAUGGAAAACCUGGCAUCUUUUCUAAAGGGUUGCCUAAAUCUGCCUGUCAAAACUGUCCUUAUGUGGAAGAGGCUCCUGAAUCAAAAACAAUCUUGGAUUCUUUCUGCAGCCAUGAUUUUGCUGUUACUGCCAAACUCCACCGUCUUCGCCUACCCACAGGAGAGCCAGAAUUUGAAAUUGAGGGGCGGGUCGAGUUUAUCCGUCAGGGUCCUCUGUUGCCUUAUGACACCCAGCAUCUGCUCCAGCAGUGGCUCCUUAUCAACGUUAGAUGUGCCCGUGCCCUUGUGCGUCCUGGGAGGUCACAGCUUUAUGUGCUGACUGGUUCUGUGCAGCAUGAUGGGACCCUUUCUCUGACUCGUGUCUUCCCUUGGCACAGAAAAGAUGCAAACAUUGCAGUGGCAUUUCGAAAAUGGAAGCACCACAGAUCUUGAAGUGACAUGGACCAAAACAGGAGCUUGAAAUCUGUGUUUUGAGGCACAGAUGGAGCUCAGUGGCACUGGGUUUUAAGAAGCAUUUGUAAAAGAGGGUAAUUGUUAUGAGAACAGACUCUGACUCAAGCAAUUUGCUCAUCUGAGCAGGUC